UUUUUGGCGUCGCAUUUUCCAUCCGGGACCUGUCCCCAGCACUACACAUACAGAACCGAGCGAACAACGAACAGACGUGCUCAUGAUCAGAACAGGGCGAGUUGGUUAGGUCAGUCCCCUCCCCUGUACCGUGACUUUACCUUCACACAAGUAUCAUACGGCCCUACGGCUCAGGUUGGUUAGGCCAGACAGGGCCCCAACAGCACUGGCACUGCGCAGCACCUUCCAUCCAUCCAUCCAUCCAUGCAUCCCCAGCCAGGGCGCAGUACAGUUCGUGGAUACUUAAUCACAGAAGGAGAAAGCGUAAAGCCUUUAUCUUACUCAGGGAAAGGUACACUCGAUGUCGAUGAUGCCCUCACAAACCCUGGAAAUGAAACCCAUAAUGGGCUAGCUAGUGCAUGAUCACCAACCCUUAACCGUAGCCCCUGGCCCCAUCCCCAGCAUGCACGAUGAUCCCUCCCAGCCCAUGUUGUUUUCAGCUCCCUUGAUCACUGGCUCUCACCCAACCCACUACUGAUCCAUCCCAUCAUUCCAAUUCCACAAACAAAAUCACCAAAAGAGACCACUGGAUUAAAAAAAAGAUGAAGCCAAUUUGAGGACACGGGGAUUUUGGAGGGAAGGAGGGAGCAGCAAGAUUCCAAUGGAAGAAACCAAAAGGAGGGCAGCAAGGCAGGAGAGGGCUGGCUGGCUAACGAGAAGACAGAUCAGAGGCGGGUGAGGACAGGUGCAGCACCAACCAGCAGCUACCGGGCCGGCCGCCCAUCUACCCUAGCCACGCCGAUGCGGCGCCACACGGGGCUACUCCUACUGCCUGCAUGGGUACAAAACUGAGAAAUUGGCACGUACCUACACCACCAACGCCUCCAUUAAUAGUUGAGCUCUCUCCUCGACGAGUUCCGUCCCACUCCGAGCUCCUCCUCCUCCUACUCACACCGUCAUCAUCAUCAUCGCCAUCGGUUGGUUGCGAGCUCCUCAACAUGCAUGCUGCCGCAUAGGUAGCACGGGACGGGAGUGCGUUGGCUUGUCUUGUCACCAUGGUUGCCGAGAUGGUAGGAGCGGCGGCGGUGGGACUGGGAGGGGGCGGCCAUGGCGAGGCGCUGAUGGUGCUCGAGGCUCUGGCGUCGUCUUGUCUGAGCUGCUCCGUCCCGCAGUUCCCGACCAAGUGGAAUUCCCUCAAGGACAAGCUCCGGCAGCUCUGCUCCGGGCUCAGCUUGCUGCGCGGCAAUGGCGGCGACGGCGAGGGGGCAGAGGAGGUGGAGGAGGAAGGGGAAGAAGGACACCACGUGUUGGUUCAGUUUCUGCACUCUGCUUCGGCCACCGUGAGGGGCAUCCUGGACGUGGCCUCGCAGUGCAGCGACGGCACGUACCGGGGCGGGCGGCUGCGCCUGCGGAGCGACAUGGACAGCCUCAGCGCCAAGCUGGAGGCGCACGUGCGGCAGCUCAAGGAGAUGGCCUCCACCGGCGCGUCCAUGUCGCCGUCGCAGGCCAUCGUCGCGGUGCGGCCGGGCGCCGACGCCUGCGUCGCCGAGAAGAGGUUCUUCCUCAAGGACCUCUUCUCCCGGAUCAGGAUCGGCGGGCCCGUGCAGAGGGCGCAGGCGCUGGCCACCAUCGCCGAGCUCAUGUCGGAGGACGAGGCGUGCGUGCGGGUCGUGGCGCUCGACGUCGACGACGGCGUCGCCGUGCUCGCCGGCUUCCUCGAGUCGCGGGACCCGCGCAUCCAGGAGGAGGCCGCGGGCGCCGUGGCCGUCGUCGCGGGGUCCGACUCGUACAGGGGCAUGCUGGUCAAGGCCGGCGUCAUCGCGCCGCUGGUGCAGGUGAUGGAGAACGCGGCCGGCAUGGGCGCCACGGCGUUCGCCAGGGAGCGGGCGGCGCAGGCGCUGCGGGAGCUGACGGAGAACUCGGACAACGUGUGGGCCGUGUGCGCGCACGGCGGGGUCACCACGCUGCUCCACGCCUGCGCCGACGCCGGCAGCGGCGGCCGGCUGCUCAGCUCGUCCUUCGCCGUCCUCCGGAACCUGAGCAGGGUGGAGGAGGUCAAGACGUUCAUGGUGGAGCAGGGCGUGGUGACCGAGCUCGUAAAGCUCUCGCAGAAGAUGGAGGAGGUCCGGAAGCUGGGCGCGGUGGAGCUGCUGCACGCCAUGGCGCUCGACGACGCCGACGUGAGGGAGGAAGCCAUCGGCAUGGGGGUGAUCCAGUCGCUCCUCCAGCUGAUAUACCCGGACCUCCCAUACUCCUACAAGGCCCGGGAGGUGGCCCUGGCGGCCAUCUGGUUCUUCUGCUUCUCCUCGGCGAGCUCCAUCGACGACCUCACAAGCUCCGACGUGCUCGGCUGGCUGCUGCACUACCUCAACAACGGCGACUACGCCGUGCUGGACUGCACGCUCAAGAUCCUCCGCCACCUCUCGGAGGCGUCGGAGGAGUACAGCCGGAUGAUGGGCAGGGCGGGGUACUUCGCCGCGCUGGCCGGCCUGCUCGGCGCCAAGUCGUUCCGGGUGCGCGAGAUGGCGGCGCAGGUGCUGUCCAGCCUGCUGUCGCAGCAGGCGAACCGGGUCAUCUUCAUCCAGGACGGCGACAACCUGGACCGGCUGCUGCAGCUGCUCGACCCCUCCGAGGGCAAGCUGAUGGCCAAGGGCCUCAUCCUCUCGGCCGUCAUGUCGCUGGCCGAGACCGGCGCCGGGAGGAAGAAGAUCGUGUCGUCGGAGCACUUCGGGAGCCUCAAGGAGCUCGCCGACUCCGGCGACCCGGACGCCAGGAAGGCCGUCAAGAAGAUUGCCAACAACAGGCUGCAGACCAUGUUCAGCAAGAUAUGGAGCGCCUAAGUUACUAUUUUCCUGACGCCCUUUCUUACCCAGACGCCUUCACUAAACACCCCUUUGAUUUAGCGCUAGUAGUACAUUUGAUUUGCUGUCUAUAUAGUUUUUUUCUGCAUAUCCACAUCCAACCACCAUUGUGAUUCCCUUGUGCUGUACAUUGCAACUGCAGUGAAAUUCAAGUUUUGUCAUCA